UCAACAUUUUUUGUGUGUGUGGGAGAAAGUAAAUGUGUGAGACUUACUUAUUUACUUUCUGUGAAAGUAUUUAGUUGACGGUUUAAUAGCUUUAAAUUGCAGUUCAAUUUUUUUUAGAUAUACUUUAGUUUAGGUUACCUUGAAGCACAUUAAAACACUCAAUUAAAAAUAUGGCUGCAAGAAAAAUGCGUAGUACUGAAAAAAAAAUUGAUCCUUUGGAUAUUGCUAAAAGAAUGAUUCAGCAAGAAAUGGAUUUACCAAUAUUUAUUAAGCACUAUAUAUCAGAUGCUAUAGGUUUUGGAGUUUUUGCAAACAUGGAUAUUCCAAAGGGAUCAUUUCUAUUAGAAUAUCCCGGUGAACUUGUUGAACAUUAUGAAGGAGAAAAAAGGCAAAGUUUUGCAGAGGAAAUUAAUCUGGGAUGUUUUAUUUUUUUUUUUUCUUUCAAUGGUAAACAGUACUGUGUUGAUGGAACAUAUUCUUCUCGAAUGGGAAAAUUUGUCUCGAAUGGGAAAAUGGGAAAAAGAUAG